AUGGCCACGAAAUCCUCGCCCAAUGGCAAUGGCAAGAAGCCGGCGUCGGCUGCCACCAACUUUAUUGCUGGCGGUGGAGCAGGAAUGAUGGAGGCUCUUGCCUGCCAUCCAUUGGACACUAUCAAAGUCCGAAUGCAGCUUUCGCGAAGGGCACGGCAGCCUGGUGCCAAACCGCGCGGCUUCGUGGCGACCGGCGCCGACAUUGUCAAGCGAGAGACAGCCCUCGGUCUCUACAAAGGUCUUGGAGCGGUGCUGGGCGGGAUCAUUCCGAAGAUGGCUAUUCGGUUCACAUCGUACGAAAAGUACAAGCAAUUCUUGUCGAAUAAGGAGACUGGGCAAACCUCGCGAAAGGGGACGUUCCUCGCCGGUCUCGCUGCAGGUGUCACGGAAGCCGUCGCCAUCGUCAACCCGAUGGAAGUUAUCAAGAUCCGGCUGCAAGCGCAGCAUCACUCGUUGUCCGACCCGCUGGACACGCCCAAGUACCGCAGCGCGCCGCACGCGCUGUUCACCGUCGUCAAGGAAGAAGGCUUCAGCACACUGUACCGCGGUGUAUCGCUGACAGCGCUGCGACAAGGCACCAACCAAGCGGCCAACUUCACGGCCUACACCGAACUCAAAGCCGCGCUGCAACGGUGGCAACCCGAGUACUCGAACAGCGAGCUACCUUCGUGGCAGACGACCAUCAUCGGUCUGAUCUCGGGCGCCAUGGGCCCCUUCUCAAACGCGCCCAUCGACACGAUCAAGACGCGUCUGCAGCGCACACCGGCCGAGCCCGGGCAGUCGGCUGUUUCUCGGAUCACGGCGAUUGCGAGCGAAAUGUUCAAGCAAGAAGGCGCCAAGGCGUUUUACAAGGGCAUCACGCCGCGUGUCAUGCGAGUGGCGCCGGGCCAGGCAGUGACGUUCACCGUGUACGAGUAUCUGAAAGGGAAGCUGGAGAAGAGCAACUGGUCUCUGGCGGGGGGGAAAUAUGAGGAGUAG